ACUUAACCUGAAAAAAAAAAUUGAAAGUAGAAAAAAUAUUUAAAAAAUUGUUUGUCACAGUACGAAUAUUUGAGAUAAGUUACGGGAUACCUCUAAGUAAAUAAUCACUCACAUUAAUUGAUCGCCAAAUAUAAAUAUAUACUGCUUUACACGAGGAUCAUGAUUUACCUUCACAUUUGCGAGCAUGGAAAUACGCUGACGCGCAACGGCUUGAAUUCCAGGGAUGCAAGGGAUUCCCAGUAGCUGGGGUUACGAAUAGACGCGUGGGAUAAGGAGAUAAACAGAGCGAAGCAAACAGAAGAGGAAAAUUUCACGAUUUCAGUAGACAAGAGUUGACAGUGUAUCAAUAAUGGCCGCUAUUCAUCGAGAGGCAAUCCAAAAACAAAUCCAACAAGAUUGGGCAAACCGAGAAUAUAUUGAAGUGAUUACGGGAAGUAUUAAGAAAAUCACGGACUUCCUCAAUUCAUUUGAUAUGUCCUGUCGAUCACGACUUGCAGUUUUAAAUGAAAAACUUACAACGUUAGAGCGGCGAAUCGAAUAUCUGGAAGCUUGUGUGACAAAAGGAGAGACCUUAACAUAACAAAGCGAUCCAUUUCUAACUGUAAUUUUAAUUCAUUGUCAAUAUCAUUUUUGGUAAUAUUAUUGAUAAUAGUAAUUACUGAUAUACGGAAAAUUUCACUUAUACGAAAAAUAAUAAUGAUAAAUAAUUAAUACUAUGCAAAAUCA